CAAUGGUCUCCGUCUAGGAAACAACAGCAGCAUCGGCCAAGAUAUGUCUUGGUCAGCGCUCAUGCUGAGACAAUGCUAAAUUUGUAUCCGAGAUUUCCAAUCCUGUGGUCAUAUCAAAGGUCCACUUGAAUCUCAUGUAUAGCUCUUGCUGUCUUGCAGUCUUGCAGUCACAACUACUACUCGGCCAACAACCUUUUACCCAUCGCCAGGCAAUUAACACACAAGGAGUUGUACCCGGCUAUAUAUCUUGUCUCCAGACACCAUGUCCCACUCCAAACUCUUCGCGCCCCUUGGCGUGGGGACCAUGAACCUCCAACACCGCAUCGCCAUGGCGCCCUUGACCCGGCUCCGCGCAGACGACAAUCGCGUCCAAGUACCAUUGGCAGUGGAAUACUAUACUCAGCGCGCCUGCGUCCCAGGUACACUUUUGAUCGCAGAAGCAAUGCUCAUCUCACCCGCUCACGCCGGCAUGCCCCGUGGUCCCGGUAUCUGGACCUCAGAGCAAAUCGCUGGCUGGAAGUCUAUCACCGACGCCGUUCACGCGAAAGGGUGUAGUAUGGUUUGCCAACUCGUUGCGCCAGGCCGUGCUGCGGAUGCUGAGGAGCUCAAGAAAGACGGUUUUGAACUACUCAGCAGCAGUGCUGUACCUAUGCCCGAGAGUGGCUUCACUGAGAAGACUGGUCCAAUAUCCGUCCCGAAGGAAAUGACCGACUCCGAAAUUCAAGACUGUAUCCGCGACUUCGCCCGCGCAGCCCAAAACGCAAUGACAGCAGGCUUCGACGGCAUCGAAAUCCACGGCGCAAAUGGAUACCUCAUCGACCAGUUCCUGCAGGACACAUGCAACCACCGCGGCGACUUCUGGGGCGGUUCCAUCGCCAAUCGCUGCAGAUUUGGACUCGAAGUUGCGAAAGCUUGUGCACAAGCCAUAGGAUCUGAACGCGUGGGCUUUCGUGUUAGCCCUUGGAGUCCAUUCCAGGGCAUGCGUAUGGCGGAUCCGGUGUCUACGUUCUCUCACCUGGUCGAAGAUUUGAAGGGACUGGAGUUGGGGUAUCUGCAUAUCAUUGAAAGCAGGGUGAAUAAUAACGUCGACUGCGAGGGUAUCGAGAGUGUUGACUUCCUGCUGGAGAUUUGGGGUAAAGAAAGACCGGUGUUGCUGGCGGGUGGGUAUACGUCAGAGAAUGUAUGGAGUGCGGCGGAUGGGAAGUACGGGGAUUUCAUCGUGGUUUUCGUGUUUGGAAGACAUUUCCUGGCGAACCCUGACUUGGUGCAUAGGAUUAAGCAUGGCCUGCUACUGAAUAAGUACGAUAGGGGUACUUUCUAUGUGAAGGGGAGGACGGAGGAGGAGGGAUACACGGAUUACUCUUUUGCUGAGGGGUUUGGAGAGGCUGUCAGGGUUUAGAUCUCCAUGUAGUAUCACGCUGGAAGCGAGCGGUGGAAAUUAUCGAUUUUCUGAAGUCAUACGUACGACUUAGGAAUCUAGGAAAGACAAAAAUCCCACAUUCGAACGCUGGGGUUCCCUCUUGACUAUUUGACUCAACUCAGCAUUGUCACGGCGAAUAA